GCAUCCACCGUGUCAGGGCCAGGUCCACCUCACGCGCCGAGAAGCUUCGCGAGAUCAAAGCGUACAAAAUGGGGCCUCGUCCCUAGCAGCGUGGGAGAACACCAGCCUGAGCCUGAGCCUGAGCCUGAGGGGACAUGGCGUACGUUGAGAACGGCGUUUUGAAGUCAAAACGAACAAUAUGGCGACUGAGUAUAAUAUCUGAUUUCUUCCUGGCCAUCAUAAACUUUAUCAAAGUAUUCUUCGGGACAUUGUUCUCGGUUGAAAAAUCAGAUCAGUAUAAGAAAUCUGGCAAAAAAUGGGAUGGUGGUCCUGGUGGAGGUUCCGGAGGAGGUCCAUAUGGUGGUGGCGGUGGUCCUGGUGGCCCCAGGCCACGUACAUUGAGUGAUCUACGUGCAGACCAUAAUGCACUUCCUGCUUGCGGUUCUUGCUGCGGUGGAGGUUAAGAAUGACAGCAUGUGCAUCGGUUAUGGCUCUUGACUAUCGAUAUGUACUAUGAAAGUUGAACUGUUACUUAUUAUCUUUACGAUACUUGAUCUACUUGAAACACUAGUUUCUAAAUAAUGCUCAAGUGUUCCAUUCGAAAGCAUCACGGUCCUGUAUUUGUUGUGGCAUUGUAGUGGAUUUUCCAAGCUUGCUGGUGUCUCAAA